AUGCCCAGCUCCCUGUUUGCAGACCUGGAGCGCAACGGCAGCGGCGGCGGAGGGGGAGGCGGCGGUGGCGGCGGCAGCGGCGGCGGCGGCGGCGGCGGCGGCGGCGGGGGAGAGACCCUGGAUGACCAAAGAGCCCUGCAGCUCGCGCUCGAUCAGCUCUCCCUGCUGGGGCUGGACAGUGACGAGGGCGCCUCUCUGUACGACAGUGAGCCGCGCAAGAAGAGCGUGAACAUGACCGAGUGCGUGCCGGUGCCCAGUUCCGAGCACGUCGCCGAGAUCGUGGGGCGGCAAGGUUGUAAAAUCAAAGCGCUGCGGGCGAAGACCAAUACUUACAUCAAGACCCCGGUUCGCGGGGAGGAGCCUGUCUUUGUUGUGACGGGCAGGAAGGAGGAUGUGGCCAUGGCUCGGAGGGAGAUCAUCUCUGCCGCGGAGCACUUCUCCAUGAUCCGCGCCUCGCGGAAUAAGAACACGGCGCUCAACGGAGCAGUGCCGGGGCCGCCCAACCUGCCCGGACAGACCACUAUCCAGGUGCGGGUGCCCUAUCGCGUGGUGGGGCUCGUGGUGGGGCCCAAGGGCGCCACGAUCAAGCGCAUCCAACAACAGACGCACACGUACAUCGUGACGCCCAGCCGCGACAAGGAGCCGGUGUUCGAGGUGACCGGCAUGCCUGAGAACGUAGACCGAGCUCGCGAAGAGAUCGAGGCGCACAUCGCCCUGCGCACCGGCGGUAUCAUCGAGCUCACAGAUGAGAACGACUUCCACGCUAACGGCACGGAUGUGGGCUUUGAGCUGCAUCACGGGUCCGGCGGGUCCGGCCCAGGCAGCCUCUGGAGCAAGCCCACCCCCAGCAUCACGCCCACCCCCGGCCGCAAGCCCUUCUCUAGCUACCGCAACGACAGCUCCAGCUCCCUUGGCAGCGCCUCCACGGACUCUUACUUCGGCGGGGGGACCAGCGGCAGCACAGCCGCCACCCCGCGCCUGGCGGACUACAGCCCCCCCAGCCCCGCGCUCAGCUUUGCCCACAAUGGAAACAACAACAACAACGGCAACGGAUACACCUACGCGGCGGGGGAAGCUUCCGUGCCUUCCCCCGACGGCUGUCCCGAGCUGCAGCCCACCUUCGACCCGGCUCCCGCUCCCCCGCCGGGGGCGCCGCUGCUCUGGGCUCAGUUCGAGCGCUCCCCCGGAGGCGGACCUGCAGCGCCGGUGUCCUCUUCCUGCUCGUCCUCCGCGUCUUCGUCCGCCUCGUCGUCCUCGGUGGUCUUCCCCGGCGCCGGCGCGCCCUCCAAUGCCAACCUGGGGCUGCUGGUGCACCGCCGGCUGCACCCGGGCGCGAGCUGCCCGCGCCUGUCCCCGCCCUUGCACAUGGCGCCGGGGGCGGGCGAGCACCACCUGGCUCGCCGGGUGCGCAGCGACCCGGGCGGAGGCGGCCUGACCUACGCCGCCUAUGCCAACGGGCUGGGGGCGCAGCUGCCCGGCCUGCAGCCGUCGGACACCUCCGGCUCCUCGUCGUCGUCCAGCUCCUCCUCCAGCUCGUCGUCGUCGUCGUCGGGGUUGCGGCGGAAGGGCAGCCGCGACUGCUCCGUGUGCUUCGAGAGCGAAGUGAUCGCCGCGCUGGUGCCCUGCGGCCACAACCUCUUCUGCAUGGAGUGCGCCAACCGCAUCUGCGAGAAGAGCGAGCCCGAGUGCCCGGUCUGCCACACCGCGGUCACUCAGGCCAUCCGCAUCUUUUCCUGA